CCCUCAGCGGCUCCCGCUCCCUCAGAGCCUGCGGGUCCCGCAGCGGCGCCGGGCGGCGACCGGGACACGGACGGGGGCAACCGACCAGAGCCGCAGGAUGUCGGCCACGCUCUACGUGCUCUCCACGCUGGGCGGAUACGUCCUCACCUCCGCGCUCCUCCUCAAGUGCCCGGGGCUGCUCCACCGGCCCAAGCGGCAGCGCUUUCGCUGCCGGCACAUCUCGCACCGCGGCGGUGCUGGAGAGAACCUGGAAAACACAAUGGCAGCCUUUCACCAUGCUGUUAACUUAGGAACAGACAUGCUGGAGCUGGAUUGUCACCUGACUAAGGAUGAGCAAGUGGUCGUGUCCCAUGAUGAGAACCUGAAGAGAUCCACAGGAGUGGAUGUCAACAUCUCUGACCUCAAAUACUCUGAACUUCCACGGUAUCUCUGCAAGUUGGAUGUCACAUUUCAGAAAGAGUGUCAGUGUGAGGGGAAGGACAACCGUAUCCCCCUCCUGGAGGAGGUGUUUGAGGCAUUCCCAACAACUCCUGUCAACAUUGACAUCAAGAUGAACAACAAUGUGCUGAUCAAAAAGGUUUCCGAGCUGGUGACUCAGUACAAGAGGGAGCACCUGACGGUGUGGGGGAAUGUCAAUUAUGAGAUCGUGUCCAAGUGUUUCAAGGAGAACUCUGACAUUGCCACCAUCUUCUGUGCCCAGCGUGUCCUCCUGCUCCUUGGCCUCUUCUACACUGGCCUGCUGCCCUUCAUUCCCUUCAAGGAGGAAUUCUUUGAAAUUCCAAUGCCUUCCAUCAUCCUCAAGCUGAAAGAACCACAGAAGAUGUCAAGAAGCCAGAAAUUCAUUAUCUGGUUGGCUGACACGUUGCUAAUGAGGAAAGCACUGUUUGACCACCUCACAGCUCGGGGCAUUCAGGUGUACAUUUGGGUACUGAAUGAAGAACAAGAAUACAAGAGAGCAUUUGACCUUGGAGCAACUGGAGUGAUGACAGACUAUCCCACAAAACUGAAGGAGUUUUUGCAUAAUUAUCCAGCAUAAAAGAAGAAAACUGAGGAAGUUCUUGCAGAAUAGAUUGUGAGCCAAGGAUUUUCUUCAUUAAAAAAAAAAAAAAAAUUGGGGGCAGCAUCCACAGAUCAUUUUGCUGGAAAGAUGUAAUUGGAUGAUCUGUUUACCUUGUUGUCAAGUCACUACCUAAUGUAAAGGUUGUCUAUUUAUUUUACAACUGUAACCACAUAGUUUACAUCUGUAAAUAGCUCAUUUAGCAGUGGCACACUUCACAAAUUGUGAUGGCUAGGAAGAGAGUUGGGUACCUGGAGAUAAUGAGCAUUAUUUUACCUGUCACAAGUGUUCCUACGCAGGUGUCAAGACACGUCAGUUAUUCCAGUUGUAUCCUAGUGAGCAGAAACUGGAGAAUUUCUGGAAGUGUAACCUGUGUGUUUGCAUUUCUUGUGUUGCUUUUAGUUUUCAGGUAACUUGUAGAGCAAAAGAAAAAAAAAAAAACAGGCACAGGAGAAAUAGCAAAGCAGACCCUGUGUGUGGCCAGGUGGUUUAAGCCUGUGAAGUGCAGUCAGUAAAAGUGGUCACUUUUUAGCCAAAAUUAACUCAGUCAGGAUGGAUUUACUCUUAUUCUCCCUGGCAGGAAUGCUGGAUUUGAGUUGCAGCUGGUUUUAGACCCUCUGUGAUGUGAUGGUAAUACUGUGACUUGUUGGUCAAGGUCUAAAUAGAGUAUUUGAGCCAGGAUCUAGGUUUGACACUGAGUUCCAGCUCAAGGCUCCAGGUUUGCCCCUGGUGUGAGCUGACCUUGGCAUGGCAGUGUGUGGCUUUCCAGAAAGGCAGAUUGCACUCACCCCAGAUUACACUCACUUUGAAAUAGCCUUUUCACAAAGGAACACAAUGUCCUGGAAGUCUUUUGCACAUUUUGAUGAACAGGAAAUCGUUUUUAGGGUAAGGGACCAAAGAAGACUUAAGUUUGGUCAGGAGUUCCUAUCAGAUGAAUUCACCCAAAGCAGGUUUUUAUCUAUAAAGGGAGAAAGUGUCAGUCUGGUAUGUGUGUAAAUUUUAAUCUUUGCUCUCCACAGAAGUCCACUCAAUAGCCAUAAAGUUCACGUGCAUGGACAUGGAAAUAACUUCCCUGGCAAAAGCCAGAAAACCCUGAGGAUGGUGGAAUGGGAUCAGGCAGGAGGGUGUUUCUGGAAUACCCUCACAUGCUGCCCUGUCCUUGGGAGCAGUUGGUAUCCAUGUGCCAGACAGAUUUGAGCCUACAGUGCCCCUGUGCUUUGGUGUGCCCAUGUCAGUGCUUGAGGGGGCAGAAGGAGUUUAAUUACUGUGGCUUAACUGUACCCAAUGCCAUGUAUAAAGCUCAGUCAUUUCAUCAGCAGAGACUGUCACUAAACACUGGUUUUUAUUCCAGCAGUAUCUGUUCCCUUCACAUGAAAAUGAUGGAUUUCAAUCAUAAAUACAGUGGCCAGAUGCAGGAGUGUAUUCAUUGCAAGGUACACUCACUGCUAGGAGGACUUGGAAAGUCAUUUUUCCCUUGGUAGCUCAGAUAUGGCAGGGCAAGAACCCUCCCAGAUUUGUCAUCGUGGAGCAUCUUUGCUGUGUCAGAUGUCUGUGAGGAGGCUGCUGGAAAGCCAAAUCCAUCUGCAUGGAUAGUGCUUUGUUUCUGCAUUACAGUUCCUUUCUGAGGAAUAUUUUUGUUGGAUGAAAUGGAAGAAACUACUGAAUUUGGGAUUUAAGUGAUUUUACUGAUGGUGGCAAAUGAGUUAAUGGUGUCCUUUUCAAUAUCUGCCUGGUUAAGGUGACUGCAGAUUCCAUUUCCUCCUGAUUUAACCACCCUUGUUGCUUAUUGAAUGGAAGAGAGGAAAAAGUAUCUUCUUAAACUGUUCAGGGGGAAAAGGAUGAAAUUAUUUUUUAUGUACUAAGCUUUUUUUGUUUCCCUUUCAGAUCAGUUCUGUCUGGUCAGAUAAGUUCUAACAAUGAGUCAAGUCAUAGCUCUGCCUCCUUUCUAGAAGUCACAGAAUAGUUAUAGAAUAGGCUCCAUAUGCAGCUCAGUAAGUAAAUUAAAAAUUCCACCUUUCUGUCUUAAUCUGGGUUAAUACCAGUUUGUAGCCCCAGGCAGUUUUUAUGCAGUGUGGUUUCCUUAAGCUCAGUUUUAUUGCUAUUGAAUUUCCAACACAUGCACCUCAAUUAAAGAUAAUUCUGGUUUUAGAGGUUGCUACCAAAUAGCACUUACACAUCAAAACCUUUUUUUUUUUUUUUUCAGGCUAGGAAGAGCCAAGUUUUAAAAUACCAUUUUUAAUCUCUCAAGGGACAUGUGAUAGCUUCGUUUGUCUCUCGAGUUCCCCCCAUCAUUGACUAAAUAAACUAUUUUGCAUUAUUCUUUAUUGAAUGACAAAACACAGAUGUAGUUUUUUAAUUUUAAUAUUUUUCCUCUCUAGCAGCAGUGUUGGAAAUUUCUGCCUUCAAAGAUGCUCAGCACAUUUUUCAGCCAUUAGACCCAACCAGUCUUCCCACAUCUGCUGUAGCUCUUGACUGUGCUGUUUAUACAUGACCUUGGAUAAAUCUGCUGCUCAAUAUCUGGGAUUCAAGUGAGGCAAGUUACAUGGGAGGGAAGGGAUUCAGUGCUGGAAAAGCUGCUGAAUUUAUCCAUUCACCUGUUUGGGCUUUAGCACGAGACUAAAAUUUGGUCUCUUGAGACAGAUGAUGGAUGGUUGGUGGAUGAUCUGAGCACCAAUGCACAGGGCUCAGGCCAUGAUAACUGUCUGUGACAAAAUAACAUGGGUUUGGGGCAACUGUUGAAUGUUUGCUGUAUCAAAUAAUUGUUUUAAAUAUUCCAGAACUCGCUGUGUGAUUUUUUUAUUUAUUUUUUUUUUAACCCACUGGUGCAGAAAAGCUUUUGUUGGGAACUUGCACAGUUGUCCAGGAGGAUGUUCAGUUGAGCUCUCUCUUCGAGGGGAGAUUCUUUUCAGGUACCUUUUAACUCUUAAGUAUUGUUUUAACACUUCCUGUGUUCUCAACCCUGCUGCAGGAUAUUUGAUGUAUGAAGGAUGAUGUGUGUAUUUUAUGCACUUUUAAUUUGCAGGAAGCCUCGUGCACCUCUGUAGCUCCAAAGCUAGGAAGGGUUUUUCUCUUUUUGUGUAAAGUAAGAUCGGCGCUUUUGAAAUGUGACACAUGGAAACGUCUUUACUCAUAAAAGAUCUAAAACUUAAACACUAAUUGUGACUUCUUUGCCUAAGAGCCUCAUUUCUGUGAUGAUGAUUUUAUAUUUGCAGUGUAGUAAACGCUGAGCUUUU